AUGGCGAAAGCACUGCUCGAACGAUUUCGGGUCCGGGAUGACCACGAGCACGGAUACGAGACGACAAAAUGGAUCAAUCCUGACAUUGCACCUCUGCCCCCGAACAGGAAGACUUGGGGAAUGUGGGCAUUCCUAGGAUUUGGAUCCAUCUCCAAUCUCUGCAUUUCAGCAUGGACAGGCGCGGCAUCGUUACUCUCGCUAGGUCUCACAAUCCCACAGACCAUCGGUCUGAUGAUUCUGGCUAGAGCCCUCAUCUGUCUGCUCGUCAUCGGCAACGGAUGGAUGGGCUCGGAAUGGCACAUUGGCUUCACCGUGUCUCAAAGAAUCAUUCUUGGCAUGAACGGUGCCUACAUCGGUCAGCUGAUCCGUAUCAUGCUGUCAAUUGUCUGGUACGGAUCUCAAGCCUGGCUAGGCGGUCUCUGCGUAUCCGCCAUGCUGAGCAGCUGGAGCUACAACUUCUUAAUGAUGGAGAACACGCUCCCGGAAAGCGCGCACAUGGUCACCAGAGACCUUGUGGGAUUUGUCAUCUUCCACUUGAUCUCUGUUCCAUUCCUGCUCAUCAGAAUUGAAAAGGCUAAGGUGCCCGUAAUCGCAGCCAACCUAAUCGUCUUCGUCACCAUGAUGGGCAUCACAAUCUGGGCCUGCACCACCGGAGGCACAGGCCCCCUCUUCGAAUCCGGCGCGAAGCAGCCCUCCCUCCUGACCAAGGAAUGGGCUUGGGUCUACGGCAUCAUCGCCUCGGUUGGCAACAUCUCGGCCGGCAUCCUGAACCAGAGCGACUUUACGCGUUUCGCCCGCAAGCAAGGGAUCCAGGUCCCCGGCAUCAUCUUCUCCCUCUUCAUCCCCGGCAUGAUCGUCCCCAUCUUCGCCAUCCUGACCGCCUCGGCGUCCAUGGAAAUCUGGCAGCUCGAGGAGCCCAUGUGGAACCCCCUGACUGUCAUCACGCAGUGGAUGAUGGACGACUACAGCUCCAAAGCCCGCGCCGGCGCCUUCUUUUGCAGUCUCGGGUUCGUCCUGGGCCAGAUCGCCGAGAACAUCCUCGGCAAUGGGUAUGCUGCCGGCAUGGAUCUCGCAGGUCUGCUCCCCACCUGGUUCACCAUCAAGCGCGGUGCCCUCCUUGCCGCGGCUCUGUCCUGGGCCGUCCAGCCGUGGGAGUUUUACAACACCGCCAGCACGUUUGUUUCUGUCGCAGCCAGCUUCUCCGUCUUCAUGGGCCCCUUGACCGGUAUCAUGAUGACUGACUACUUUGUCCUCCGCCGACAAAAGAUUGAAAUCAGCCAGCUGUACACCGGGUCCAAGGAGGGCGCCUACUGGUACACCUACGGCUUCAACUGGAGAGCGUUCGUCGCUUGGGUCGUCUGCUUCGUCCCCGCCAUGCCGGGGAUGAUUGCCGCCGUCAAUCCCAACGUCAAGAUCAACGACGGACUCUACAAGUACUACCUCGGAAACUACAUUUUCGGAUUCUUGGAAGCUGGAGUGCUGUACGCAGUCUUGACUUUCGUUUUCAAGCCCAAGAGACUUGGCUACCAGGAUGGCUUUGACCUCUACGGCACGUUUGAUGACGACACCGCAAUCAGCAAGGGCAUGGCGCCUUUCGAGAGACCAAAGGGACUGGACGGGCUUAUUGAUGGAACACCUGUGCACCUUGAAGAUGAUGACUCUAAGAACAAGCCCGGCCCUUCAAAUGCUGUCUAA